AUGACUGGUGGACCUUCGAAGCAACCGCGAACCAUACCGAUCAGGAACGUACCAAAUCAGCCGGAGAUAAUUCCAUUGCUUCCGUACGAUUUUGGAGCAGAGCCGUCUUCCCCGGCCAGAGAAAAUGCGCCUCCUCGCCAUAGCAAGAAAAGCACUGCUUCAGUGCAAAUAACAAAACCGAGGAAAUCUUCUUCAAGGGGAAAACUCACGAUUAUCCCUAAGAGUUCUUCUAGUUUUGUACUUAGUGAUGUUACGAACGGUGUCCAAGCGGCAGGGAGCAUAUGCAAAAUUCAGAUGAUGGAGGGUCGCCUUAACGACAUAGAAGCACGGUUAGGAAGAAUCGAGAACAAGCUGAAUACGGACAUGGAAAAGCUGUUCAAUGCCUUAGCGACGAUCAAUCGAAAUAUGCGCGAAAGUGGGAGAUCUCGGGACAAUCACACGGCUCAGGUGAACGGGGGCAGCGAUUUCAGCGAGGAGGAACGCGGCGCUUCCUCAAACCACUCUCAGCAAUCGGCGGUCGGCAACAGAAGAUUCGUGCACUGCAACAGUAUGGCGUUGCCGCAGACUAAUGUGAGCAACUUCGGAAGCGCGGGAAAGACGGCGAGCUUCAAAAAGUCCAAACAGCAUUCAUUCCCUGAAUACGGUACCCAAGGACCGUGUUCGACCCGAAAGGCGUUUGAUGAGUUGUCAACGCGAUCCGACGUGCAUAAAUCGUCAUUCUCGAUGUCGGACUGCAUGCGUCCUUGA